AAAAAAUCUAAGAAAUAAUAAUUAAUGACUAAAUAAAUGAACUAAAAGAAAAAACAAAAGAAACCAAGAUCCAAAAACACAACAAUGUCUGCGUUCACUUUGGAAAGUUGGGGCAGGUACCGUUAACCGUUGUUUACACUCGUCAUUUAGCUGACUUCUGCUCAGCUUUCAUGUCAAUUCAACAUUUCAACAUAAUAUAUAAAAAAAGUUCACAAGAAACCUUCAAAGAAGCAAUUUUCAAAAUGAAGUAGCUGCUUAUAUCUAUAAGUUAACUGAAUUUUGUCAACGAAAGACAAAGGAUAUUAGAAAAACCAAUGUAGCAUGCAAGUCAUAAUAUAAAGUAUAAACAUCAAACUAAAAAAUUGAAUGUGUUUGAAAAAUCCUUCAAACUACUAGAAGCACCUGCAUCAAAUUCUUCAAAUUUUCAAAGUAAACACGGACGAAAAAAGGAGGGGUUAGGAACUGAGAAAAGAAAAAACAAAACUCCUACAGUCCUACAACUAUGUUUUUAGUAAGCUUUUUACACAACCUGCCAUGAAGAAAAUUAUCCUAUAUAUAGCAUAAUCUUGUUCCUUAGCUCUAAGCCUCUCAGCUGUCCUAUAAAUUUCACCUGCAACUUUGGCAACAAACCGACUACAUCCAACUUGUAUUCUCUUAUUUACAUGAUAAUCAAACAAUAAUCAAUGGCUUCCUCCAGUCUAAUAGCAUUUGCAGCUCUACUUCUAAUCUCACUCGCAGCCACUGCUUUAGGAGAUUCAGAAAUUUGCAGUCAGGUAAGUUGCGGGAAAGGAACGUGCAAAUCAAAACCAGACUACGUACCACAUGGUUUCACUUGUGAAUGUGAUUCAGGUUGGAGAAGAACACGUCUAUCAGACAGUGAGGAACAAUAUCUCCAAUUUCUUCCAUGUAUAAUACCAAAUUGUUCUAUAAACUACUCCUGCAUGCCAGCUCCUGCUCCAUUGCCACCCAUCCCCACAAAGCCAUUCGACACCGCUAUCUUUAAUCCUUGCUAUUGGGUCUACUGUGGCGAAGGGACAUGCACAAACUCAUCAGACUACAAGCAUUCGUGUGAAUGUCAACCAGGAUCCUACAAUCUCUUCAAUGUGUCACACUUCCCAUGUUACAGUGACUGUGCUUUCGGAUCUGAUUGCUCCAAGCUAGGAAUCAAUGUAACAAGUAAUUCAAAGACAUCCGUUACACUAGGUCCUAGUUCAAGUAUCAGUCAGACUUCAAGAAGUGAAAACCAUGGGAUGCGAUCAUGGAAGCUCAACUGGAUUGUUAUAACAGUGAUAUCUCUCGCUGUGAUAUUAUGGCAAUGAUGUUUCUCAGCCGCCAUCGAUUAUGAUUUUUUUUAUUGUGAUACUCAUACUCUUCCCCAGAACCACCUCCUCCCCCAACACACACACACACACACAACACAUACAUAGAAUCAAAGAGAGAGUGCCAGCAUAUAUGAGGUGAUGCUUAUAUAUUCUAUUACUGCUGCUACUUUCAGCAAUUAACAUUAUUUAUGAAAUACGAUUUUGUACCACUAUUGUUACAAUAAAUAAAGGCUUAUGUACUGUUAGUCUACUAUCACUUUUAGUCCAUUAGUAUGGGUAACCGUAAAAUAAUAUUAGUAUUGCAAUUUUCUGCAUGUUAAAUUUUAACUUUCCUAACAAUUAUACUCCUUCCAAAAAUGUCUUGCGCGAAUGUUUUGAGUUAAUAUAGACCUUCCUAAACCCACCAUACACAGGAUACAUGGUAGUGGUAAUUUUUUGAGGGGUGGUGGUUGUUGACUAGUAUGCUGGUAGUGUCUAAAAAAUUUCAAUGCACUCAAUCAAAUGGACUCCAGAUUACAUUCAUGGUGAUUCUAUCUCUCUCAACCCUAAAACAUAUCCAAUGUAAAAAAAAAAAAAAAAAAAAAAAAAAAAAGAAAAAAAAA